CUGUUGGAGUUAGCUUUGGGGAUCGGAUCGGAGGCAAUCACCGUCAAAGUUGACAAGGAGGUCCUCACCAUGAAGAGUCUCCAGGACGCGAUCCAGAGUUUCGUCAUCAAGAAGGCUGAGCCUGGGUGGCUCCCAUUUUCCCCUGGUGCUUCAUACCGAGCUCCCCCUUCUCCAGAGAGCCUCACUGAGUCGGAUCCAUUCGAUCGACUCGAUAAUCUGCUCACGAUGGAAGAGAAGCUUUUUUGUACUCUUCCUAUUUUGUGGAUGGCGUAAUUCCGGCUCAUUCGGACAUGGCAUCGAUGUCGAAAGUUAUGGCUACACAAGCCGACGAUGCGGAAUGAAUCGCUAAUGAACAACAAACUCCUAAGAAGUUGACAAAUUGGAGUAAGCCAUGGCAGCAUCCAUAUGCUAUUGAUUCUUUUUUUAGUCACAUAUAAUACUAACAUCAGAAAAAAAAAACAA